AUGCCUCGGGGCUUUCCUGUAUAUGGGGCUCGGCUCCUUUUGUCACGAGCUGCAUCUCGGUGGGACGUGAUUGGUUUUAAAAACAUUCCACAAGGUCCCACUACACUUCAAGCCAGCUCAUUGGGGUGGCUGAAUGGUUACAGGGGCAUCAACUGUGAUAUCAAUAUUGAUGAUUGUCCAGGGAAUUUGUGCCAGCAUGGCGCCAAGUGCAUUGACGGAAUCAACAGCUAUACUUGCCAGUGUCCACCAAAUUAUACAGGGCCUUACUGCAGUAAAGAUGUAGACGAAUGUUCGUUGAAACCGACAGUCUGUAAAAAUGGAGCUACCUGUACCAACACAAUUGGUGGUUACUCGUGUAUUUGUGUUAAUGGUUGGACCGGGGCCGACUGCAGAGAAAACAUCGACGAUUGCGCAGGCGCAGCGUGUUUCAAUGGCGCCACCUGCCAUGACCGUGUAGGAUCAUUUUUCUGUCAGUGUGCUCCAGGAAAAACAGGGCUUCUGUGUCACCUAGAUGAUGCCUGUGCAAGUAAUCCUUGUCACUCUGGUGCUAUUUGUAACACGAAUCCCACAGAUGGGAGUUACCGAUGUUCAUGCCCUAGCGGUUUCCAAGGAAACGACUGCACCGAGGACGUCAAUGAGUGUGAAGAAGGCUCACCUUGUGAACAUGGAGGAGUAUGUGUUAACACUCCGGGUUCCUUCACCUGCAACUGUACUAAGGGAUUUACUGGUCCAAGAUGUGAAAUUAACAUCAAUGAAUGUGAUUCUAACCCGUGUCAGAAUGAUGGCACAUGUUUAGAUGAAAGGGGCGGGUUUCGCUGUGUUUGUAUGCCGGGAUACACUGGAAAUCAAUGCGAGUUGGACAUUGAUGAAUGUACACCCAACCCUUGUCUUAAUGGAGGAAUCUGUAGUGACAGAAUCAACAGUUUUAGGUGCCUCUGUCCAAUAGGUUUUUCUGGAAGGAAGUGUGAAUUGAAUGAUGAUGAUUGCCUUAGUCAGCCUUGUCGAAAUGGUGCUACUUGUAGAGAUGGCAUUGCAAGUUUUAUUUGUGAUUGUCUACCAGGUUUCACGGGACCAAGUUGUGACACAAACAUCAACGACUGUCACUCUUCUCCAUGCCAUCAUGGAGAAUGUGUGGAUGGGAUCAACAGUUACAGGUGUAACUGUAAUCCUGGCUAUACAGGUUUCCUCUGUCAGACCCAGAUCAACGAGUGUCUGAGUAACCCCUGUCAGCAUGAUGGUUUGUGUGAGGACCUUAUCAAUGGUUACCAGUGUCGUUGUCGACCUGGUACGUUUGGACCAAACUGUGAACAUGACAUCAAUGAAUGCUUUUCCAAUCCUUGUCGAAAUGGUGCUACCUGUGAAGACAGAAUUAACUCUUACACAUGCAAGUGUGCUUCUGGUUUUACAGGUGUCCACUGUGAAACAAACAUUGAUGAAUGUGCAAGCAGUCCUUGUGCAAAUGGUGGAAAAUGUAUUGACCUUGCAAAUGGCUUUAAAUGUGACUGUCCCAGGGGAUAUUUUGAUGCACGCUGUCUUUCGGAUGUGAAUGAGUGUGCAAGCAAUCCAUGUUUAAAUGGUGGCACAUGUGAAGAUGAAGUUAACAAAUACAUCUGCCACUGCAAGCAAGGAUAUGGAGGUCAUCGGUGUGAGCAGGACAUAGAUGAAUGUCAGUCCAACCCUUGUCAACAUGGUGGGAGUUGUCACGAUGCCCUUGCUAGCUACUCUUGUACCUGCCUACUAGGUUAUAGUGGACAGAACUGUGAAAUCAAUAUUGAUGACUGUGCCAGCAGUCCUUGUCUGAAUGGUGGGUCCUGUAUUGAUUUGGUAAAUGCCUACGAGUGUGUGUGUGAGGUCCCUUACAGUGGUCACAAGUGUGAAGAGGAAUUGGAUCCAUGCAACCCAAACAAAUGUAAAAAUGGAGCAAUGUGCACUCCUUCCUCAAACUACUUGGAUUUCGCUUGCACUUGUGAACUUGGCUACACAGGUAGAUUUUGUGAUGAAGACAUCAACGAGUGUACCAUUUCUUCCCCUUGUCGCAAUGGAGCUACAUGCGUCAACACCAACGGUUCUUACACCUGCACAUGUGCUAAAGGAUAUGAAGGAAGAGAGUGCCUGAUUAACACAGAUGAUUGUGCAUCUUUUCCAUGCCAAAAUGGAGGAACCUGUCUAGAUGGUAUUGGAGAAUAUACAUGUCUCUGUAUCGAUGGCUUUGGGGGAAAAGUUUGUGAAACUGAUAUUGAUGAAUGUGCCAGCAACCCUUGUGAAAAUGGAGCCACCUGUAAUGAUUACGUCAACAGUUACACUUGUACUUGUGCACUUGGGUUUAGUGGAACAAAUUGUCAGAUUAAUGAUCAGGAUUGUACAACAAGUUCCUGUAUGAAUGGAGGAACUUGUAUAGAUGGAAUCAAUGCCUACACUUGUCAUUGUAGUAAUGGAUAUACAGGAUCAAAUUGCCAGUUCCACAUUAACGAAUGUGAUUCUAGUCCCUGUAAGAAUGGAGCAACCUGUGUCGACCACGUGGGAUAUUAUACAUGCCACUGUCCUUUUGGUUACACUGGGCUUCAGUGUGAGGGAAUGAUCGACUGGUGCAGCACUAAGCCUUGUAUGAAUGGAGCUAUGUGUAAGCAGAAUAAAAACAUGUAUCAGUGUGUUUGCCGGCCUGGAUGGACAGGAGCGCUUUGUGACGUGUCGAUGGUGUCUUGUUCCGAUGCUGCUCUGCAGAAAGGUAUUGAGGUGAAGGAUUUGUGUAAAAACAAUGGCAAAUGUGAAAACAUUGGAAACAGCCAUCGUUGCGGCUGUCGUAAAGGAUAUGAAGGGAGUUACUGUCAACAUGAAAUCGAUGAAUGUGCUUCUCAACCAUGCCAGAAUGGUGCCACUUGCCAUGACAUGAUUGGACAAUACAGAUGUGACUGUCUUCCUGGUUUCCAAGGCUUGAACUGUGAAUUCAAUGUAGAUGAUUGUGAUCCUAAUCCUUGUCGGAAUGGAGGGACCUGCCAUGACCUCGUCAAUAAAUUUGUGUGCUCUUGCCCCCAUGGUACCAUGGGUAUCCUGUGUGAGAUUGAUGUAAAUGAGUGCUUUGAGGGAGCUUGUCACCAUGGAGGAUCUUGUGUUGAUAAAGUUGGAGGCUAUGAAUGUCGGUGUCCACCAGGAUUCGUUGGACCUAGGUGUGAAGGUGAUGUGAAUGAAUGCCUCUCAAACCCCUGCAGUAAUCCUGGUGCUCAGGAUUGUGUGCAGUUAAUCAAUGACUAUCGUUGUGAGUGCAAGCCUGGUUUUAUGGGUCAACACUGUGAGACCAAAGUGGACUUUUGCUCAUCUAAUCCAUGCUUAAAUGGAGGGAUGUGUAGUAGUGGUGACAAGGGACCUGUUUGUAUUUGUCCUAUUGAAUUUUGGGGAGAUAACUGCAGCAAUACUAACACCACAUGUGCCAGCAAUCCUUGUAAGAAUGGAGGACAGUGCCGACCCCAUCGUGGUGGAUACACCUGUAUUUGUCCACAGGGAACCAGUGGCAAACACUGUGAUGUUGACAUCUAUGAUGAGUGUUUGUCCUCACCGUGCUUUAAUGAAGGAGAGUGUAUUGACAGUAUUGGUAAAUUUGAAUGUGAAUGUCCUACAAACUGGAACGGACUUCGAUGUGAAAGUUUUGAUCCCAGCUUCCGUGGUGGAAUUGGAAGAGUGGUGACUUCUGGAACCUUCCAGAAGUCUCUAGAGGAAGAGAAAAAACUCUGUACCUUUAAUAAGUGCAGGUCUAAAGCUGGAGACCACCGUUGUGAUGAGGAAUGUAAUAGUUUGGCAUGUAAUUUUGAUGGAGGAGACUGUUCUUUAGGACUCAAUCCUUGGGAGAAUUGUACUGCAGCCAUCAACUGUUGGGAUGUGUUUCGUAAUGAGGAGUGUAACAUAGAAUGUAAUAAUAUUGAAUGUCUGUUUGAUGGAUUUGACUGCACCAAAAAACUUUCACCAUGCAAUGAAAUGUAUGACAGCUACUGCCAGAUGAAUUAUGCUAAUGCAAGGUGUGACCACGGGUGUAAUAAUGAGGAAUGUAACUGGGAUGGUCUAGAUUGUGAGGAAGACCUCCCACGGUUAGCAAAUGGUCAACUGGUUUUAACUCUUUUGAUUGAUCCAAUGGAUUUUGAGACUACUAAAAUAUCUUUCCUGAGGGAAAUUGGUCGUGCAUUGCAUACUAAUGUGAAGUUUAAAUUGGAUAAAAAGGGAAAUGAGAUGAUUUAUCCAAGGAGGACAAAACAUACAGAUGCUAUCUCUCCAAAUCGUGGACGAACUGGGAUUGAUGUUCAUCUGGAAAUUGAUAACAGACAGUGUCUCAAGUCAGUGUACAGUGAAUGUUUCCAGUCAGCAGCCGAGGCUGCUCGGUUUCUUGCUGCAUCCCGUUCUCGACAUUCCCUGGAUACAGCUUUUCACAUUGAAAAGAUCCAAAGCACAGAUGAAUUGGAAGAACUCCAUGGUCCUGAAGUCACUUACCCAAAUAUGGUGUACAUUGUGAUUGGAGUGAUAGUGAUAAUCUUGCUAGGAUUACUUCUUGGGGUGUUAGUUACCACUCAGAGGAAGCGUGCACGGGGUGUUACCUGGUUUCCAGAAGGAUUUUUCAGAAACAAUAGUGUCCAGAAGCAACAGGCACGACGUCGAGGCCCAGAUGGACAAGAAAUGAGAAACAUCCACAAACAAAUGUCUGCUCAAAGAAUGGAUGCCAAUGAUAACAGUGGCAUACCUUCCGACAUUGGUGGGUGGAGUGAUGAUGACAUGGGUGAUCAUCCUCCUGUAAAGAGAACCAAAAGUGAUCAUUCACCAGAUCCUAGUUUUGGAGACACUCACACUGUAAUGACAACAACCGAUUACGACGAUAAUGACCCCCGACCUUGGACUCAGCAGCAUCUUGAUGCGGCAGAUGUUCGCAAUCCUGAUAUUCUUGCUUUUUCACCUCCACAUGGAGACAGUGAACUAGAACCAGGAAAUGUUGAUGUCAGAGGUCCAGGAGGUCUUACACCUCUGAUGUUAGCAUCUUUUCGAGGAGGUGGUUUGGAUACAGGAGAAGAUGUAGAGGAAGAUGAUGGAUCUGUCAGCAUGAUUCAGGACCUUCUCUCACAAGGUGCCAAGAUCAACAUGAUAACAGAACGAACAGGUGAGACAUCUCUUCACUUGGCUGCAAGAUAUGCAAGAGCGGAUGCUGCUAAAAGACUGUUAGAUGCAGGUGCUGAUGCUAACUCUCAGGACAACACUGGUCGAACUCCUUUACAUGCAUCCAUAUCUGCUGAUGCACAGGGAGUCUUCCAGAUCCUGUUGAGAAACAGAGCCACAAACUUGAAUGCUCGAAUGCAUGAUGGAUCAACGCCACUAAUUCUAGCCUCGAGGCUGGCAAUAGAAGGAAUGGUGGAAGACUUAAUAAAUGCCGAAGCUGACAUAAAUGCUGCUGAUGACCUUGGAAAAACAGCACUGCACUGGGCGGCAGCAGUAAACAAUGUGGAUGCUGUCCGAGUGUUGCUGGCCCACGGAGCAAACAGAGAUGUCCAGGAUACCAAAGAAGAGACACCUCUCUUCCUAGCAGCCAGAGAAGGAAGUUAUGAAGCUGCCAGAGUGCUCUUAGAACACUUUGCUAAUCGAGACAUCACCGACCACAUGGAUCGUUUGCCAAGAGAUGUAGCUCUGGAGCGUGUGCAUCAUGAUAUUGUGAGAUUAUUGGAUGAGUACGUACCCCAGGGUCCUCUGACGUCUCAUGUACCUACUAGCUCUACAUCUAUGGUUCCCCCACCCACGGUCAUUGGUUCCACCAGGUCUACUAAAGCUAAGAAAAGGUCAAAAGUCAACAGUAUGGUUGGAAUGGCCAUGCAAAAUGGAGAUCAUUCUUCCCAGAAUAGUGAGAGAGAAAUAAGAAGAAAAGUGUCCUUGAAGAAGCAAGGAACAGAAGGGCAGCCCAACUUGCACUGUUUGAACACUUUCGAUUCGCACCCUUUCAAUGGCCUACAUCCAGCAUUUGAUGAUGGACAGAGCUUAGCACUGUCUCACCCAAAUCUAGCAGGUUUAGACAACUCAGCCACAAAACAACAAACUUCCUACAAUGAAUGUAUAAAUCCACAGAUAUAUGAGUCUGUGGGUGGAAUGGCUGGUCAGUUGAUAUAUAUGAAUGAUGGAACAGUGCCACAUGUGCAGACAGUGCAGGGUGUCACAUCUCACCUUCAACGACAGAAUUCUAUGCCCAGUAGCCUGACCGUAUCACAGGUACAGUCAACUCAUAACUACACUGGUUCUCCUUCAAUCAAGCAACGACCAUUACUCCCAACCUCUCCCACCCACAUGGCAGCCAUGAGGACUGCCCAUCAACAGAAAAAUGCACAUAUUCAACCUCAGCAGAGUGCCAACCAUAUCUAUGACUACAUCAUGACUGACAUUCGGCAGGUGUUGGGUUCCAGUGGUCAGAAAUCAAACCCACCAGACCCUGCAACUGGCCAGCAACAAGUGCCUUAUAGCCACCCAUUUCAGUUUCCAACCCCUCCAUCUCAACAUAGUUAUGGUGGCUCAGAGGCCACUCCUCAACAUUAUCUACAUCACCCAGAGACUUACUUAACCCCCUCUCCUGAAUCACCCGGUCAGUGGUCAAGCACUUCCCCUCAUUCAGCUCAAAGUGACUGGUCUGAAGGCAUCUGUAGCCCAGUAAAUAUGAAUAUCUUACAGCCUGUGGAACACCAACAUCCUCACCACCAAACUCAAAAUACACUUUCCACCCCAGAAGCUGUGUUUCUUUAGUGGUAAAUCAAGUUUCUGUGAGAAAAUUAGUAAAUGAAAGAAUACUGUAUUAACAAAUCAAUUGUGAGGUGAUAAGAAUUUAUUGUCUUUAUGUUGAUUUGGUACAUGAAUACUCAUUUUUAAAGAAUGUGCAUAUUUAUUUUCAUAGUUCAUUGAUGGAACUGUUCUCUUUGUCAACGUUUAAUGAUCUUACUAUUAUGCUUACAAAUUUUAAUAACCAUUUUUAAAUGUUAUGGUAUUGUAAAAAUAGUGUUUAUAUAUAUAUAUAUAUACUGUUAAUUUGUUUCUUCAUUUUCUUGAGAGCAAAAAUUUCCCGGUCUUUUUCUUAUUCUUUCAAAUUUCAUGAUAAGCUUUACAUUAAAAUGUUUUCAAUAAUAAAAUACAUUGCGUGAACACAAUAUUUUAGUCAUUAUGUCUACAAGAUUUUCCAAGUUUGAUUUCUUUGCUUCAUUGUAUUUCAACUGCUUUAAUAUAGUGUGAAUCACCUACUUAUUUAGUGUUUGUCACAAUUUUUCAGUUGGGACCUUAAUGUUAAUAUCUAUCUUAUUUUAGACGAUCAGUUAUUUAACGGAUUUUGUGAAUAAAAGGUCCAUAUUCACAUAGAGCUGUAAAAUGUGUGAUCCUACAAAAAAUAAAAGUCUUUUCUUUUGAAGUUUAGAAUCUUAUGUUUUUUCAACACUUGUAAUUACCAGUAAUACUAGUUUUCUAGGAAAGAAUCAAACCUUAUGCUUCAAAAUGUUUUCAUGAACUUUGCGACAGUUUCUAGCAAGUUUUUUCAAUGUCAUUGUUCUUCCUUUCUGCAAAUAAAGUUAUUUAAUCAUGAUUUAAGAUACUUGUGUGAAUUUUCAAAAAUAUUAUCAUACCUUUGUUGAAAAAGAGAGCUACGGUGGAAAUGAAUUAUAUGACACUGCGAGUGUAAAUAUAGUUAAUCAAAUUUAAUAAACAGUCAUAGUACUAAAAGACAAUGACUUUGCUGUAUAAUAUUUUUAAUGCUUAAAGAAUAAACCUUAACUUUAAACGUUUUUAAUGUGUGUUCUUGCAUAAAAAAAUGUGAGAUCUGGUUUUUAAUGAAAGGCAAGUUAUCGAAUAACACGUCUGGGAUGCGAUACUUUAUUUUUUUUAAAUAAAACAGUACAGAAGUGUCACGUUGUUGGUGUUUUUGUUAUUUAUGUGUUGUGAGUUUCUUGGGAUAUAUUUUGUUUUCUUGUAAAAAUAUUUGCCUAAAAAUUUGUAUGCUUUUGAUACAAUUAAAGUAUUGUUUGUUUUUUGUAAACAUAAUAUCAUUUUUCACUUUUUUUUA